GAGGAGUUUGGGUGCAGUGACAUCGUCUUGGGCUCUUUCUGCCCUCACACCCUGCCGGGGCUUUCUAUCGCGUAUCAUCAUGGGUAGUGCCUACCACUGGGAGGCUCGGCGUCGGCAGAUGGCUUUGGAAAGGAGGAAGGCGCUGAUAGCCCAGCAGCAACAAGAACAGGAAGUAAAAAAACAGGAAGAGAAGAAACAGCACUCUGAGAAAAAAUCUCAGCCACCCCAGGAUUCAAAAGGGCCUCCAGCAAAGCAGCAGCUACCACCUGCACAGCCACAGGAGCAGGCAAACCCACAGCCACCACCUGGGCCAAAGCCACCAAAGGAGCAAGACCCUCCCACACAGAGCACCUUCAAGGACAGUCUCCAGAAGGAUACCCAAAGGCAAGGACCCCAGCCUAGACCAGCAGGGGCCCAACAAGAUGGGCAGCAACCCUGUAAACCUUGCGAUGGACCCCCAAUCCUUCCAGGUCACGGUCUCACGAAAGCAUGCCAGUCUAGCUCUUCUAAAUAUUCCCGACUCACGUCGACUAAUUACGUCCAGCAGUGGUGAUCCAGAGAUGGGACUCCAAGACCCGAUGAUACCACAAAGCAAAAACAAAAGCAACCAAAAAGCGUAAACAACAAAAACCAGACAGCAACCACACUUUCUUUCCACCCUGCAACCUUUCUACUCCAAAAGGCCAGCCACAUUUGGAGAGGAGGCUAGCUGGGAUUAAAAUGUGAUUUCUGGAAAGAA